GAUCACGAUUGGAGUUCCGUGCGAAACUCGAGAUUGGUGCAAUUAUUUUAAAAUGCACAUGUCCAACUAACUCCCUUUCUUCUAUUUAUUGCCUUCGCAGACACAAAAAUCGCCAUCGGAAACCAACAAUGCCUCCUUUGACUUUGUGGCUGGUGCUGCCUUUUCUCGUGUUGCUAGCGGCGGCAACAACGUCUCCAACACGCGCCACGACGGUCGCCUCGUCGUUCCACGGUCAACGAGAGUUUGACUAUUUCGCUUUCGCGUUGCAAUGGCCCGGCACUUACUGCAAACGCACCCGCAGUUGCUGCCCCACCAACGGUUGCUGCAGAGGCUCCAAUUUUCCAACAGUGUUCACCAUACAUGGACUCUGGCCUGACUAUAAUGAUGGAACCUGGCCGUCCUGUUGCUCUGGAUCUAGUUUCGAUCCAAAAGAGAUAUUGACAUUGACUAAUAGUUUAGAGCAAUAUUGGCCAUCAUUGAGCUGUAGCAAGCCAUCAUUAUGCCAUGGUGGGAAAGGAACAUUUUGGGCUCAUGAGUGGGAGAAACAUGGCACAUGCUCUUAUCCUGUGUUUCGAAAUGAAUAUGAUUAUUUUGUGGCAGUUCUGAAUCUCUAUUUCAAAUAUAAUGUUACGAGCGUUCUAAAUGAUGCUGGAUAUGUUCCGUCUAAUACUGAAAAGUAUCCCCUUGGAGGCAUCAUCUCUGCCAUUGAGAAUGCUUUUCACGCAUCUCCUCAAAUAGUUUGCUCGAAAGAUUCUGUUGAGGAACUUCGCCUAUGCUUUUAUAAGGACUUCCAGCCACGAGAUUGUGCUCUUGGAUCUGACACUAAAAUCAACAUGGUUACUUCUAAAAAAUCUUGUCCCAAAUAUGUUAGCUUGCCGGAGCCGGUAUCAGUGAGUAAGACAGGCACAAUGGACUUCAAAGUCGGGGCUAUGAUGAUGUAGCUCUUUAAGGUUAUGGUACUGUACUUCUAUUUGUAAAUUUCUGUACCUUGCGAAUGAACAAAGCCGCAUGAAUAAAUUUGCUAGGAUGUUGUACCAUUUAUCAAUUUGGAGAUAAAUGAAUAGAGUGACGAGCUGGACAUCUGGAUUGGGAUCUAGACCUGCUAAUGUUUAGGCAGAAAAAAUGAAGUGAUGGUCGAAAGUAUUAUUUGGGAGUUGGGAGCUGUCUCAAGUCUGGUGCCAUGUAUUUGGAGUCUGGGUUUUAUCAUUUUCUUUAUUAUUGGAAGAAUGUACAACUGUAUAAUGGAAUAUGUUGUUGUAUCAUGUGGAAUUAUGAAUAUAUGUACUUUCCCUUAAUAUCAUCUUAUA